GUCUUGGAAGGGCAUGAUUCCCCAGUAAUAUUCCCAGCCCUGAUCCAAGGUGCCACUCGGCCUCCCUCCCAGGGAAGACUGCUUCUUGUGUGACGCCGGCCAUUGAAAGUGACUCCGAUGGACUUACACCGGGCAGCCUUCAAGAUGGAGAACUCAUCCUACCUUCCCAACCCUCUGGCAUCCCCAGCACUGAUGGUCUUGGCAUCCACAGCCGAGGCCAGCCGGGAUGCUUCUAUCCCUUGUCAGCAGCCACGACCCUUUGGUGUACCUGUCUCAGUAGACAAGGAUGUGCAUAUUCCCUUCACCAAUGGCUCCUACACCUUUGCCUCUAUGUACCAUCGCCAAGGUGGGGUGCCAGGCACUUUUGCCAAUCGUGAUUUCCCCCCUUCCUUAUUACACCUCCACCCUCAGUUUGCCCCCCCUAAUCUAGAUUGCACCCCAAUCAGCAUGCUGAAUCAUAGUGGUGUAGGGGCUUUCCGUCCCUUUGCUUCCACUGAGGACCGGGAAAGCUAUCAGUCAGCCUUUACGCCAGCCAAGCGACUUAAGAACUGCCAUGACACAGAGUCUCCCCACCUGCGCUUCUCAGAUGCAGAUGGCAAGGAAUAUGACUUUGGGACACAACUGCCAUCUAGCUCCCCCGGUUCACUUAAGGUUGAUGACACUGGGAAGAAGAUUUUUGCUGUCUCUGGCCUCAUUUCUGAUCGAGAAGCAUCAUCUAGCCCAGAGGAUCGGAAUGACAGAUGUAAGAAGAAAGCAGCAGCACUGUUUGACAGCCAGGCCCCAAUCUGCCCCAUCUGCCAAGUCCUGCUGAGGCCCAGUGAGUUGCAGGAGCACAUGGAACAGGAACUGGAGCAGCUGGCCCAGCUGCCCACCAGCAAGAAUUCCCUUCUGAAGGAUGCCAUGGCUCCAGGUACCCCCAAGUCCCUUCUAUUGUCUGCUUCCAUCAAGAGGGAAGGAGAAUCUCCGACAGCAUCACCACACUCAUCUGCCACCGAUGAUCUUCACCACUCAGACAGAUACCAGGUGAGGAGGGGAGCUAAAGAAUUGAUUGUGAGGGAUGAAGGAGAAAAUAAGGUCAAGGGCAACUCUCAACUGUCCAACCGGCAGACCCGACUGAACGCUCGGAUUGGGAAAAUGAAACGGAGGAAGCAAGAUGAAGGGCAGAGAGAAGGCUCCUGCAUGGCUGAGGAUGAUGCUGUGGACAUUGAGCAUGAGAACAGCAAUCGCUUUGAAGAGUAUGAGUGGUGUGGGCAGAAGCGGAUACGGGCCACCACUCUCUUGGAAGGUGGCUUCCGAGGCUCUGGCUUCAUCAUGUGCAGUGGCAAAGAGAACCCAGACAGUGAUGCCGACCUGGAUGUGGAUGGGGAUGAUACUCUGGAGUACGGGAAGCCACAAUACACAGAGGCUGACGUCAUCCCCUGCACAGGCGAGGAGCCUGGUGAAGCCAAGGAGAGAGAAGCACUGCGGGGUGCAGUCCUAAAUGGUGGCCCUCCCAGCACGCGAAUCACACCUGAGUUCUCUAAAUGGGCCAGUGACGAGAUGCCAUCGACCAGCAAUGGUGAAAGCAGCAAGCAGGAGGCCAUGCAGAAGACCUGUAAGAACAGCGACAUUGAGAAAAUCACCGAAGAUUCAACUGUGACCACAUUUGAGGCUCUAAAGGCUCGAGUCAGGGAGCUUGAACGGCAGCUAUCUCGGGGGGACCGUUACAAAUGCCUCAUCUGUAUGGACUCGUACUCGAUGCCCCUAACGUCAAUCCAGUGUUGGCACGUGCACUGCGAGGAGUGCUGGCUGCGGACCUUGGGGGCCAAGAAGCUCUGCCCACAGUGUAACACAAUCACAGCACCCGGAGACCUACGGAGGAUCUACUUGUGAGCCAGCCACCCAGGCAGGCCUUGCCUUGAGCAGCCCUACCUGCCCCGAGCCUCUGUGUGACAGUGACCCUCUCCCCUUGUACAUACUUGCACACAGGUUCCCCAUGUACAUACAUGCACGUACACAGGACUGUGGAGGCUGAGGCCCAGGCCCCACCUGUUGGCUCCCACCAAACUUGGCAUCCAGAUCUGUUCCAGCCUCUGCUCCCAGGAUGGGGCAGGGAGGUGACGGCCAGGAGUAGUGGGACAAGACUCCUGAGAUCCAGCUCCCAGACUGACAGACAGACACGCAAACACCAGACUGAAGCACAUGUAAUAUAGACUGUGUAUGUUUACAAUGUUGUGUAUAAAUGGGACAACUCCUUC